AGUGAAGAACCUUGUCCUCAUAGUGAAGAACCUUUUCCUCAGAGUGAAGAACCUUGUCUUCAUAGUGAAGAACUUUGUCCUCAAAGUGAGGAACCUUGCCCACAGCGUGAGGAACCUGGUCCUCAGUGUGAAAAACUCGUCCUCAACGUGAAGAACCUUGUCCUCAGAGUGAAGAACCUUGUCCUCAUAGUGAAGAACCUUCUCCUCAAAGUGAGGAACCUUGUCCACAGUGUGAGGAAACCUUGUCCUCAGAUUGAAGAACCUCGUCCUCAGUAUGAGGAACCUUGUCCUAGGAGUGAAGAACCUUGUCCUCGGAGAAAAGAACCUUGUCCUCAGAAUGAAUAACCUUGUCCUCAGUGUUAGGAACCUUGUCCUCAGGGAGAAGAACCUUGUCCUCAGCGUGAAGAACCUUGUCCUCAGAGUGGACAACCUUGUCCUCAUAGUGAAGAACCUUGCCCUCAGAGUGAAGAACCUUGUCCUCAUAAUGAAGAACCUUGUCCUCAAAGUGAGGAACCUUGUCCACAGUGUGAGGAACCCUGUGCUCAAAUUGAAGAACCUUCUCCUCAAUGUGAGGAACCUUCUCCUCAGAGUGAAGAACCUUGUCCUCGGAGUUAAGAACCUUGUCCUCAGAGUGAAUAACUUUGUCCUCAGUGUGAAGAACAUUGUCCUCAGGGUGAAGAACCUUGUACUCAGCGUGAAGAACCUUGGUCCUCAUAGUGAAGAACCUUGUCCUCAGAGUGAAGAACCUUGUCCUCAGUGUGAGGAACCUUGCCCUCACAGUGAAGAACAUUGUCCUCAGAGUAAAGAAUCUUCUCCUCAGAGUGAGGAACCUUCUCCUCACAGUUAG